AUGGCGCAUUCCGCCAACAUUACCCCGAUGACAAGCACACAUCCAGGCCGCCUGGCGAGCCUAAGCGAGCCAGAUUCGCAACUCUACGUUGCGACUAGCCGAAGGCCUAGCAUCUCCGGCGACACGGAUGCUCAAUUAACGGCCAGACCAAACCUACCGCGUGAAGACGACGGUCAACAACACAUUCCAGGAGGAUUCCCAAAGUCCCCUAAGCACAAGUUCUCGGAUAGCCACAGCAGCUUAUCCUCUUACACGUCUUCCAACCAGUCUGGGGGCCACUCCAGGAUAUCUUCGUUGUCAACAGUUAGCGGUAUCCAGCCGUUCACCUCCCUACUAAAUGAGGUUCCGGCGUUCGACGCCAAGCUGGCAGAGCAUCAGCAGAACAUGUCCGGCCCGGGCAUGGUUGAUAUCCAGCCGCCGUCGCCGAGGACGAUGGCUCAGCAUGAUCCGGUUCUGGACCCCGCGAUGAAGGGACCAGGGAGACCAGGCAGCCCCUCGGAUGCGAUACUCAUUACACGGGGUAUGGGGGGCAGCAACCGGUCCAGUCCAGCAGACGGCUUGAGUCCUCACUCGAAGCACCAAGACAACUUUAAUUAUCUAUCUCUUCCUCAAGAGAACUCUCACGCAAGAAGCCACAAGAGAACCGUUUCGGCUCCCGAUUUCGCUGCUGUCGCCGGACCCAACUUUCAGCCUUUUCCUUCCGUAUCAGAAACAGCACCGUUCACAACGCAACAGUUCGGUAUGUCGCCUCCUCAGUCUCCCCCGCCUGCCGCCGGCAGCGACGAGAUCAAGUGCAUGUACAUCGAGAACUGCGACACCGGAUCCCAGCCGCGCAAGGCCAUCUCCCACAUCUUUGGCCGCAACAAGCUCUGCACCCGCAUGAUCCCUGCCCACGUCUGGGUUCACUUUUGCCGCAAGCACUACCAGCGCAGUCGUUACCGCAACGCCCACGAGUACUCUAAGCUUCAGGUCGACCUUGUGCAGAAGCAGAUUGCCAGAGUCCAGCAGUGGAGCGACGAGAAUGAGCGCGCCGGAAAGGCGGGCGUGGUGAACAGCUGGUCGCUCGCCAUCCGCAAGCGUGAGCAGAAGCGAUUGGAAGACAAGAAGGAGUCGAAAAAGCGCUCCUACCAGGACGAGUCCGAGGAGGAGCAGCUCGACGGUGCCAUGCUCAACGGUACCGCUGUCCCCGAGUGGCUCCUCAGCAAGUGCGGUGCCGGUUACACGACCGUAGCUAUUCAGGAGAUUGUUGCGCAGCUCAAGACCGAGAUCGACAACGGUGGCCUCAGCCAGAUCCCCGACAUCGAGAUUCUUCCCACCAUCAGCAGCGACGGUCCUGACGAGAAGCCCAAGACUUACCUCAAGCGCAAGACGAGCGGCGGCACGGCCCACAAGCGCUCGCAAUCAAUGGGUGUUGCCUUGAGACCCGAGGCACUCCCGAUGGCUAGGCGUGUCAGCCAGCCCAACGCGUAUUGGGGACAUGAAGGUUUCGAUGCCAACUCUAUUGAGAAGCGCCAGCGCAUUACUGACAUGGAAGCCGGCUUUUAUGGAGACCGUAACGCCAUCCCCGGCAUGACCAGGGUCCCCUCUGGCAUGCGCCGAAUGAACAUUCCGCAUCGCCCUGCGUUUGGGAACAUCCGCGAGAACCAGCCCGAAGAAGACUAUUAUCGCCAGCCCCAGAUGAACUCUGGUCCUUUCGUCUUCGGUGCCGGCGGGCCUCCGGGUGGCCCUCUCCCUGCGCCUACUCCCCAGCGCCGCGGUAGCAAGUCCAUGGCCUCCCAUCUCGAGACUUCAACCACCAUGCCUACCGCCUAUCCUGACCCGCGCCGCGCCUUUCAUCAGCGGUCUCAAAGUGAGAUGAGCGGAUUCCACCAGGGCCAGGCGCCCACCUACAGGCCCAAUUCCUCCUCGGGUUUCGGCCCCUACGGAUAUGGCCCCAGCCCCGUCGAUCAGCCGCAAGAGCAGUACAACAACACCUACCCUCGCCCUCCCGACAACCCGUUCGCACAGGCCACGCAGCCGAACUACUAUGAGGAUCCUCAGCGGCAGUACGCUUACGGUGCUUCUCCGUUCCAGCCCAACCCGGCCUCUCGUAUGGGAACAGGUAGCGCCAACAGACACACCCGUCACCAGAGCACCCCCAACGCUCCCGGUGCCAUGCAUCGUGCCCCCUCGGCGCACGGCUUCACAAUGGGCCCUAACAUGACCACGCGCCACGACCAGCAACAACAGGGCUACGACCGGACCCCCUCGGACCACUCGCGUCACUCCUCCUAUGCUACUCCGCCCAUUCAAUCGAUGCAGCCCAUGCAGUCUAUGCAGUCGAUGCAGCCCAUGCCUGAUGGCGCUCGUCACUGA